AUGUCAUUAAAGCGUAUUAACAAGGAAUUAGCAGACUUAGGAAGAGAUCCCCCAUCUUCUUGUUCAGCCGGACCAGUCGGGGAUGAUUUAUAUCACUGGCAAGCAUCUAUCAUGGGACCACCAGAUUCACCAUAUGCUGGAGGUGUGUUCUUCCUUUCCAUCCAUUUCCCAACAGACUACCCAUUCAAGCCACCUAAGGUUGCUUUCACCACCAAAAUCUACCACCCAAACAUUAACGGAAAUGGUAACAUUUGUUUAGAUAUUCUUAAAGAUCAAUGGUCACCAGCUUUAACUAUUUCUAAGGUUUUGUUAUCUAUCUGCUCAUUAUUAACCGAUGCUAACCCAGACGAUCCUUUAGUUCCAGAAAUCGCUCAUAUUUACAAGCAAGAUAGAGCCAAAUAUGAAGCUACUGCCAAGGAAUGGACCAAGAAGUAUGCUGUAUAA